GCAGCGCUAAUUUUUAUAUGCCUGGAUGUCAAUUUAAGACUCACACGUUUUGUAUGCAACUUGACAGGAGCAGCGAGCCCCCAGCGGACGCCUUGGUCUUGGAUUAGUCCUUGGAUCUGAUCGGAUGAGGCGCUCGCGUCUACCUGUCUUCUGGACAACGCUACCGCUCGCUGCGCACACUUCUGCCUUGUCUCGUGGUGCCUUUUCAGUGAAGCAGCAGCCGCCGCUUGUGAAACGAAACUUUCCCCAGAAGCGACUAACUUUGGGGGCGCGUCUCGUUCAUGUGACAGAAGCGGAUCAGUUCUUUGGAAAACUUCCCUAAGAAGAAGAAGAAGUAGAAGAAGAAGAAAAAGAAAGGAGGGAGUCCGGCAAACAUGUUCGGCCACGGCUCCGAUGUUUCUCUGAUUGUCCUCUUUCUGGUGCGCGCGCUCCUGGCGCACGAGUGCACCCCUUGUAACCUCCGGACUUGCCCGGUCAAAGCCCCGCGCGGUGCCUGCGAGGGUGGCCGGGGUUUGGCGAGGGAUCCGUGCGGAUGCUGCGAUCAGUGCGCGCGGCUGGAGUGGGAAACGUGCGGCGGGCCGGACUGGACGCACGGAUACUGCGCCCUGGGACUGACCUGCGCCUCUGUCAACACCACAGGAGCUGCCACCAUCCCGGAAACUGGAGUGUGUAAAGUACUUCCUGACCAUCCUGAUGCAGGCCUUGAGGAUGAGCGCUGUCCGCUAUUGACAGGCUGCGACAGAGCUGGGGGUCAGUGUGUGUGCGAUGCACGUCGUUCCUGCUUGGGAACUUUCGCCUAUCCGAACCAAGAAACUUGUCUGAAGGCCAGCAAGUCAGACGGUCGGAGGCACGAGCACCGGGACAGACACAGAGAGAAGUACGUCGGGCCGGCCAACCCGGCGUGCACGUUCUCCGGGUGCAACCUGACUGCCGAGGGCUGCGUUUGUGAGUCGCAGAGCUGCCACCACCACUUUGCCUACAUCAACCGCAGCCAGUGCCAGGAAGCAGCAGAACAGCUGAGGUGUGCUGGGGUGACCUGUCCGGCUCUGUCAGUGCCCUCCUGCCCCAAAGGGUCAGUCCUGACCAAGAGUUACACGCCCCCUGCUGGUUGCUGCCCUUCCAUACCGCCCCAGUGCACUUGUGACUUUGGUGCCUGCCAGAAGCCCCACUGCCCGAGCGGACAGCACUUUGUUCCACUCAGCCAUGCCAGCGGUCAGCCAGGAGACUGCUGCGAUGUCUACGAGUGCCAGAAAGUCUCUCCAAAGUGUGUCUUCAAGGGGAAAGAGUUCUCUGAUGGAGAGGUGUACCGCAUGGACCCCUGCUGGCUGUGUCAGUGCCGCGGAGGAAUCUCCUUCUGCUCCAAGGCAGAAUGUGCCGAGCUAGAAUGUGAAAACUUCUACGUACCCGAGGGAGAGUGCUGCCCUGUCUGCAUAGAUGUAGAGCUGUUGUCAUCAGACAGCACAAAAGCUAGCUGUUGGAUGAAUAAUAAGCUGCGAGUUCACGAGGAGCAGUGGAAAGAGGACGACUGCACCUUCUGUCAGUGUGUAGAYGGGGAUCCUCACUGUACAGCGAUGGCCUGCAAACAGAGCUGCCAAAACCCUGUGAAGAUCCCUGGCGAGUGCUGUCCCUUCUGCGAAGAACCUUCUUAUGAGACUGUUAGCCCCAUUUUGUGCCCACCUCUGGAAAACUGCUCCCUGUCAGUGAACGACUGCCCUCUUGGCUUCCAUCAGGACAACAAUGGGUGUCUCCUGUGCCAGUGCCUCAACAAUGACUCCUGUCCUGACUUGGGAAAAUACUGUUYUCUGCAAUGUCCAACGGGAUACGAGAAGGAUGAUUUUGGUUGUGAGGUGUGUGAGUGCAGCAUCCCCACGCCCAAGUGCCGACCUCUGACCUGCACAAAGACCUGUCCCUACGGAUAUGUGAGGAACAAGCACGGCUGCGAGAUGUGCCGCUGCGUCAAAUGUCCUCCCUUCACCUGCGACAAGCACUGCAGCAACGGCUAUCGACAGAACCGCAAGGGCUGCUCCGUCUGCAUGUGCAACGAAAGCAGCCAGGUUGCCACCACCACCACCACCACCAUCCCAGCCCCAACGCCCAGCUACUGCCUCACCUCCAACGGGCGCCUUUACGAGGAGGGUGACAGCUGGCACGAUGGCUGCCGGGACUGCUUCUGCCACUCGGGACGGGAGAUGUGCGUGCUCAUAUCCUGCCCCAUGCCCAGCUGCCCUCAUCCUGUUGUCAAGCCUGACCAGUGUUGUCCCACCUGUGAGGAUGAGUCCGGCAGCGGCCAGCCAGAGGUGGUCUGCAGAGCACCUGGCGGGGAGUUUUACGUGGAGGGGGAGACCUGGAACCUGGACGAGUGCACACGCUGCACCUGCAGGAAGGGCCGCGUCCUGUGCGACACCGAAGCAUGUCCACCGGCUCUCUGUCAGACCCCCAUCAGGAACAAGGACACCUGCUGCCAUGUGUGCCCAGAGGAGACGCUGAGUCCUUUGCUGCCAGUAAACAGCAGCCAGCAGCAGUACUGCAUGACCAGCGAGGGGGACGUGCUGCUAGCAGGGGACUCCUGGAAGACCAACGCCUGCACCAGCUGCACCUGCAACAACGGAACCAUUCAGUGUUUCUCUCAGCGCUGCCCGGCUGCCAACUGCAGAGUGCCGGUGCUACGCAAGGGCCAGUGUUGCCCACACUGUCUCGGUGAGUUCAUAGAUGUGACGACGUCGUUGCCAGUGAUAGUGUCCACCAGCUCUCCGAAGACAGAGGCCACCACUGCAGGGGGGGACGCACCGCGGAUCACCACAGUCACUGUCCCACUUGUUAUUGCUGACACAGAUGAGCCAGGUUUGGGUGAGAACUACCCCAGUCAAACAGAGAUGGCCCUUGUUUACCAAUCRGCUGCCUGGAUCCUGGCUGGCCUCCUCCUGGCCAUCAUCAUCUUCCUCAUCGUGGCRUUGCUCAUCAACAAGAAGAAGAAGUGGGUGCAGAUGUCCUGCUACAGCGCACCCAAGAAGGCGGUGAUCCUGAAAAAGCACAUAAACAAGAACUCCGUCAUCUACAUGGAGCCCUCGAAGGAGAACAAGUUUCAGAACGUGAAGAACGACUGCGGCAUCAUCCACUUCGCUCCAGACAUCAGCUCCCCUGACAAGAUGACCAUCCCCAGGGCCAAGCUGAGCCUGAACAACGACUGGACGCCCCGUUAAAAAAAUACAGCAGUAAAAAUAAAAUAAAAUAAAAACUCUCCGGAUCAGAGCUGCUGGUUGGUUUGUCCCAACCUUCCCUUUGUGUUAUAGUCAGCUCCAGGAUGCUCAGCAAAACACUGUUUCCUUCAUCACGUGUCCGUCGUUUUUCUGUUUGGACGUUCAGGUAGAGUGACACGCUGAGAAGUGGACAUGUUCAGGACACAGAGCUUGGACUGUGCUUUUAAAAAAAAAAAAGGAGCAACCAGAGUCAUCUUUGACUGUAAACACUGUAAUAUCACUGCUUCUUAUUGCCUCCGUUAAAACUGGAACUAAUGGAGGUUGAAUAAAAAGCUUUAGGACAGGGGUUUGUUUUUUGGAAUGUGGUUUAAAUGGGAUAUCGGGGACGCUAACCCCCAGGAAAUGCAACGGUGCAUCACGAAUGUGACCAAAGAAUAGWUGAAUUGCACUGCAGACCCCCAGAAUAAAACUCCUGCUUUAGAAUGUGUGGUCUCUACCUUAGUUCUUGUACAUAAAUCUUUUUUACAGUAUUUGUAUUAGAUGUUGUGUUUUCUUUUCCACCUCUGGUUUCAUUAUGAGUGUUUUUAACUGCCUGUCUAGACAUUCCCUUUUCCCUCUUAUGCGAAGGACAUGCCUCACAAAAAGCUUUGUCUGUUUUCAAACAAAACCCAAAGUCCUWUGUUUUGCCUUUUAAAACGAAACAAAUGUUUUAUUCGAGUCAGAUCGUUUCAUGAACAGCAAUAGAGGCAAAAAAGUUGCCAUGUUUUUCACCUGGAUCUGUGAAGAAUGUCUUUGAUGUCUCACUUCAUUCCCAGCUGUGUUCCUUAGCUGCUUACACACGUAUUUAUUCGUAAAGCUCGAAUUCUACAGCCGUAAUGCGUUUAUAUAUAUUUCGAUAACUCUUAGCCCGUUGUGUUAGACGCAGAACUUUUCUGAAAAGCCAGUGAAUGAAAAAAAAGGUCUCUGCGGGAUUCCUGAACGGAUUAAGGCCCUAAUCAGGGAUUAAACAGGUAUAUUAAGUACACAGAGAUGCUGUUGAAACCAGAAGCCCCGUCUCGCUCUGGCCAGUACAGGGAAGGACAGAUUCUGGGAAGCGUUGCGAAACCAACUCCGGGGCUUGUUUUUUUUUUUUUUUAUCAAACCUUUGUGUCCAUUGCCAAUAUCCCGAUUCAGAGGCAACCUUGAUGCCAAAAUUGGUUCGAAACCAAUUCAUGCUGAAGUGUUUGCAGUACAUGCGUAUCUGAGUCAUGUGCUUUAAAGUGAAGAGGCGACUGUAAAAGCUUGCGCCAUUUUUUUCUUUUUGUUUGUUUUUCUAUGUGUAAAAACUUCCGAUAAGUAGAAAACAAGAGUAGCUUAUUUAUUUUUUCACAUAGCUUUAUUUAUUAAUACUAUAGUUUGAGAUUCUUCUGUUUUUUUUUUCUUUGGAAAGUGAACUUUUAAGUAGCCAAAGCUGAUGUACAUUGUAGACUCUUUACCAUUUCUAUCGGCUCUAUUCUAGGCCUUAUUUAUUUUGUUGUUGCAAAUCUUGUAAAUAUGUUCCUAGAUUAUUGUUAUGCUGUAACAUUUUUACUUAUUUAAAAAAAUAAAUAAAUGUGUGAACCAAA